UAUUCUUAUUUAAUAUGUAUGACUGGAAUUUCAUGUCAUCUCAAAAUAUAAACCUCAGAAUCAUCAGCCUAGUAACACGCAAUAAAACUAUUUCCUAAAAGAACUGAGUUUUCUAGAAUUUUUGGCAUUUAAGGCUAUGAAAAUGAAGUGUAAAAAUGUUUGCAGUAGAGUUUUAAUAGAAAAUUAAAACUCCCAAGACAAAUUAUUACUUACUGUUAGUUGACAAAUAUUUGUAUUUCUUGAAUUAGUCACAUUCUUAUUUAAUUAUUACUCAGAUAUUUGUUAAAGCCUUAGAUUUAAAUUAAAUACAUUUCUCUUUGGAGUAGCUAUGAAGUCAGUGAGAGAAGGAAUUUGUAGGUGCUCUACGCAACCCUGUUUUCUGGAUGAAGCAUGGUGAACAGAAUCACCAACUCAGCAAAUCUGACUAUGGCACAAGAAAAGAAAAGACACAAGCCAUGUGGUGGUGGCACACAGCUUUAAUCUCAGCAGAGCAGGUGGAGCUCUGUGAGUUCAAAGCCAACCUGGUCUACAGACUGAGAAAUCCUGUCUCCAACAAACAAAUAAACAAACAAAUAAACAAUGAAUGAAUGAAUAAUAAAUAACUAAAUAGAUAAAGGAAGGUACUAGUUGGGGAGAAAAAAAUCAGCAAUAAUGGGUGAUGGAUAAGAGUAUCAAUAUAAUAUAAUACAAUCUAUACAUGCAUGUAAUUGUCAAAAAUAAAUAAAUUUAAUUAAGUAGAAAGUUUUCAAUUUGUGAGACUAUAGAAAUAUUCUAUCACUAUAGAAAAUAUUCUGUGUGUUUUGUCACUAUGGUGUUCAGUUGAAACCUAUCAAUAUCAGCUAGAAAAUGGAAGUCAUUUAAAUAAAACAGAAAAAUGAAUAGACAGAAAAAGCAUAUAAAUGCUUUCUAUUAUUUUUUCUAAGAAGAAUAUUGAACAUAUUUGUGACAUGAGUAAGUCACACCUGGUGAUGAAAUGUCCUCUAUUUGUAAGAAAUAAUUCCAUAGUGAUUAGCAAAUGACAACUGGUUUAAAUAACCAUUGCUAUUGUUCAGAGCUUGUUUUGCUUGAGGAAGACUGUGCCUCAGCAAAAUGGUAAUACAUGUAUGGUAACAAAAUGACAAAAGGCAGUGGAGUCAGAAUGAAUCUCUUACCAGUUUUUAGGUCUUUUUGGCCAUAUGAAAUCUUUACUUUUGGGGAUUUGUUAAAAUAUUUUACAGCACACAGAUUUUAAUUAAAUUGAUACCAUACUGAUGGAAGUUGGAUAGCAUUACCCAGAGGGAAGAGAUAGGUUGGGAUAAACUGGAAAGAGCUUAAGAAGUUCUGCUAACAUUUGAUGCAAGUGAGAGGAGCAGCUACAUCUGAGAAGUUUCUUCCUGCUCCAAGCCAGGAGGAAGGAGAACCUGCCCUUUACCCGCAAUGUCUGCAGCAUUCUUCUGCCUCAUGAUAUCAUUGCCAAGAAAAUGUGCCCAAUCCUAAGUGGCACAUGUUCUUGCCUGCGGUUGAAGAAGCCUGCGGGUUGUUUGUAAGGUAUUGCAGAUCCAAGUCUGCAGAAGUGACAGGGGACAUGGGGAGUGCUCUUGUCCAGGAAGGGAAGCUUCCUAGACAUUACAACUCUUGUCCAGGAGCCAAAUGGAAGAUAAAUCACCACUGGCCACCUCUUCUUAUUGAAAUGGUUCAGCCCUGGCCUUUAACUGGAGGACUCACAGGGUUUUGAAGUGCAAAUAGGAUGGUGAAGGGUAAACUCUUUUAGGACUUCAUGUUGAUGGAUUUUCCCCCUGUGUGGGUUUCUAACCCUGACUGUGAUCUGGAAGCGACCCUGAAAGAAAGAAAAGUCUUACUUUGUUUUUGAUCAGUCAAGCAAUAAGAACUUGCCAUAGGGAUGUGCUUGCCGCGCAUGCAUAUGGGUCUUGUCUUAGAAGAAGAUAAUUUAAUUGGAGCUUUUGGGAGCCCUUUGCAGAGGUGCUGUCAUUUGAAGAUCACUUCUUUCUUGCUACUAAUGCCCAAGUUUGAGAGUACUCAAGGACAUGUUGUUUUAGGAGAAUUAUGUUGAGCUAGUUCAGGAUGGACAAAGUCUUCUACAAAAUGAUAGUCACUCCAUAAUCCAAGUUGUACACAUUCAUUCCAUUAUUUUGCAUAUAUUUUUGCCAGCCUUAAACAUAAAAUAACAAAUUCUGAAAGUAUACUGUACUGUGAUAUUUAUAAAUAUGCCAAAGUAACAAAAUAGGAGACAGAGAAAUGUUUAAAUAAGAGGUGUUGAUUCAUAGAGCUAGUUCUGUUUAUUCUCCAAAUAAUGUAAGUACAAUGCAUAAAGCAUCUUUUAAAUGUUGUGGUGAUCUUUAGAUGAGAGGAAUCCUUACAGACUACAAACUCAGCCCAAAUUUAGCAUAACUUCAAGGCUUUAUAUGGGAAGAUUUUAAAGAAAAAUUAAAGUAUUUUACUAAGCAAAUAUUAUUUUCUUUGCUCAUAGUUCAUAGAAAUGCUGUUGAUGAGCCUGUCUUUGGAAUUCUGGAUCUUUAGAUGUACCAUACAUGUUUGUAGUAUUUGUCCUUUUUUUUGAGAACAACAUUUAUUUCUCUACAAUAAAGGCUUACAACUGUGUCUCUUGAUAUUUGUUAUAAAAAUGGAUCACUAAUCUCCAUAAUUGACAUUGAUCCCAGUGUUUAAUUGAACCUCUAAGUUCAAUUAAAAUUCCUUCAGAAUUUCCCCAUCCUGGUAUUUAAAUUUCAGAGGUGUACUUCUUCCCAUUUUAUUUGAAAUAAGGACAAACCUCCAGACUCUAGAUGGACAGAAUCUCCUGUAUGUAGAGCUUCCCUGGCAUUGGUUUGUUGCUGGGAGAUGUUCACAUGACCUCUCCUUUGUUUGCAGCCCUUCCCAGGAUGCUCUCCUGUUCACUAUCUUUUUAAACCCAAGUUGGAGGUUGUUUGAUUAAUGAAUGGUGAGCUUUUCUAUUCGGAGCUAUGCAUAUUGUUGACAUUGUGUCACAUGUUGCUUUUUAAUUUUCUGAUGUGCUUAAUGUGUUUUUAAUUUGCAAAGCAUGAGUGUUCCUUUCAUAGCAGUAGAAUAGAGUCGGUGUUUCUAAGUCCAGAUAUUGCUUUAUGCAAACAAGAAGAGUCAGACUGAAUUGAAGCCCUGGGUUUCCUUCAACACACAUGUCAAUGAAUUUCACUUUGAAUAUUGUUGAAUAAAAGAGGACACUUGAGAAAGGCUUUUCUUUCUAAGACCAUCUCUUGCCUCUUGGCCAGUGAAUUGCCCCAAUAUAAAAGCACUGGGCAAAGUGAGUUACAGAGGGAAAAGGCAAUCCACAAAUGAUCACUCCUUUCUGCCUUUGAUUGUGUCGGAUUUUGUUGUGUGUGUGGCAAUUGUUUUCUUUUUCACUUAGAAGAGGUUUAUGGUUCGAUGCCUGUCAAGUCAGAGCCCGUCCUUAAGGUGGCAGUUGUAUUUCUCUCUGAGUUCCUGGAGGUGGUGGUAAUCCUUUGUUCACCCAGCAGUGUGCUUGCUCUGGAGAGCAUCUGCCACUCUAUGCAUUACAAGAUGGAUGGGUCUCCAGUGAACUGCUGGGGGAAGCAAAUGGUGAAAACAAGAAAAGACAAGGGGUUUCGGGGUCUGCAGAGGACAGACAACAAGGAAACACUUAGAAAUCAAGAACAAGCUGAGAGGCACAGGAAGGGAGCAGGGAUGAACCCAUGUCGCUCUAUAAACAUCUUGGAGCUCCACAUCUUUCAGUGGCUUGUGGUGGUCUGAGGGAGUGCUCUACCUCAUGGUGCAAAGAAACCUUAAGAAACUUCUAACCGAGAACAAGCUCCCAGAGGCGUUGACUGCCUAACUUAACCAUGAACAUGAUUUAAAAAUGUUAAUAUAUGAACCAAGACCAUGGGGAACUCAUAUGCUGGGCAACUGAAAUCUGCUAGAUUUGAGGAAGCUCUACACAACUCCAUAGAAGCCUCGCUCAGAUGUAGUACUGCAGUGCCACGGCCAAUCUUCUCCCAGCUCUACUUGGACCCAGACCAGCAUCCUUUCUCCACUGCAGAUGUCAAACCAAAGGUGGAAGAUCUAGAUAAAGACCUAGUACAUCCCUAUACUCAAAAUGGCAGCGUGGAUUUUUCUCACAAUGUAGCAAUGAAUGAAAUGGAAGAUGAUGAAGAUGAAGAAGAAAUGUCUGACUCAAACAGCCCACCAAUUCCCUACUCACAAAAACCUGCCCCAGAAGGAUCUUGCACGACAGAUGGGUUUUGUCAAGCUGGAAAGGAUCUGCGUUUGGUGUCACUGUGCAUGGAACAAAUUGACAUCCCAGCCGGGUUCCUGCUGGUGGGGGCCAAGUCUCCUAACCUCCCUGAACACAUCCUAGUUUGUGCUGUGGACAAGCGAUUUCUACCAGAUGACCAUGGGAAAAAUGCACUUUUAGGGUUUUCUGGAAAUUGUAUCGGUUGUGGAGAAAGAGGAUUUCGAUAUUUCACAGAAUUUUCCAACCACAUUAACUUGAAGCUCACCACCCAGCCGAAGAAGCAGAAGCACUUAAAGUACUACCUAGUCAGGACCUCCCAGGGCGUGUUAUCAAAGGGACCUCUCAUCUGCUGGAAAGAAUGUAGAAGCCGACAAUCCUCUGCUCUUUGCCACUCCACUAAGCCUAUUUCUUCAGUGUCAUCAGCUGUGGCACCAGAAAAUGGAACAGCUAAUGGAUACAAAGCAGGCUUCACGGUGACAGAUUCGCCGGCUCUCAGUCCAGCUAAUUCUGCAAUCAAUUUAAGUGGAGCUCAGGACCUGACCCGGAAUAAGAAUGUUGUGAAACCACUGCCUUUAUCUUUGCAGGUUGUAGGAAAGCCUUUUGUUGCAGAGGCAGCAAAUGGGACCAGCGGCCAUGGAGGCAAGAGCAGCUCAUGCAGUUCCACUCCAUCUCGCCCCGGGAACUACUCUUUGUCACCAAGACCUACCUUCACAUCCGUAGACCAAGCUAACAUGUUCAUUUCUGGCCCGCCAAAGAAACGGCACCGGGGAUGGUAUCCUGGGUCACCUGUCUCCCAGUCGGCUCUAGUUGUGCCAGCUCCCACAGUUCGUCCUCUUUCAAGAACUGAGCCCCUUUUAUCUACCCCAGUUCCCCAGACCCCAUUAACUGGAAUUCUCCAGCCUCGGCCUGUCCUUGCAGGGGAAACUGUGAUUGUUCCUGAAAACCUGCUGAGUAACUCAGGAGUUAGACCAGUGAUCCUGAUAGGCUAUGGCACUUUACCCUAUUUCUAUGGAAAUGUUGGUGACAUUGUUGUGAGUCCUCUGCUGGUGAAUUGCUACAAGAUUCCACAAUUGGAAAACAAAGAUCUGGAACAAUUAGGGUUAACUAGCACCCAUCUCCUGAGUGUGGAGAACAUGAUCCUUCUGACUAUACAGUACCUUGUACGAUUAGGUCCUGACCAGAUUCCUCUCCGGGAAGAGUUUGAGCAGAUCAUGCUGACUGCUAUGCAGGAGUUUUCUGUGAGAGAGCGAGCCCUGCCUUUGGGCGCUCCGUGUGCACCCAUGUCGCCGGCACAGCUCCCCUGGCUGGCUAGGCUGGCGGCCAGUGUGUCUCAGGACCUGGUUCAUGUGAUUGUGACCCAGAACUCUCUAGCAGAAGGCAUUUCAGAGACGCUGAGGCUUCUCAGUGAAAUGAAACACUACCAGAGGCUGCCAGAUUACGUCGUGGCAAUUUGUGCCUCAAAAAUCAGAGGAAAUGAAUUUUGUGUGGUAGUAUUAGGUCAGCAUCAGUCCCGGGCCCUGGCAGAGAGCAUGCUUACCACAAGUGAGUUUUUGAAAGAAAUUAGCUAUGAGCUCAUCACAGGAAAGGUCAGCUUCCUGGCAUCACAUUUCAAAACAACAUCAUUAGGGGAUGACCUGGACAAGCUGCUUGAAAAAAUGCAACAAAGAAGAGGAGACAGUGUAGUCACUCCUUUCAAUGGUGACCUUGAUGAGUGUGUGUCCCCUCAGGAGGCUGCUGCUAUGAUUCCCACACAAAACCUGGAUGUAGAUAACGAAACCUUCCAAAUUUAUCAACCACAGCUCACAGUUGCCAGAAGACUCUUAUCCCAGGUGUGUGCAAUCGCAGACAGCGGCAGCCAGAGCCUGGACCUCGGCCACUUUAGCAAAGUGGACUUCAUCAUCAUCGUCCCAAGGUCAGAGGUUCUGGUCCAGCAAACUCUCCAGCGUGUUCGACAGUCAGGUGUCCUUGUAGACCUGGGUCUGGAGGAAAGUGGGCUGGCUCAUCAGAGAGCAGAGAGAUACGUUGUUCGACUGGACAAUGAGAUCCAAAGCAAGUUUGAAGUUUUCAUGAGGAGGGUGAAGCAGAACCCAUACACACUGUUUGUGCUGGUUCAUGACAACUCCCAUGUGGAGCUAACGAGUGUGAUUUCAGGCUCUCUGUCACAUGGUGAGCCAACCCACGGAUUGGCUGAUCGAGUUAUUAAUUGCAGAGAAGUUCUCGAAGCUUUCAACCUCCUGGUGCUCCAGGUGAGCUCCUUCCCAUACACACUGCAGACCCAACAGUCUCGAAUCAGCUCCAGCAACGAGGUCCACUGGAUACAACUGGAUACAAUGGAGGACGCAGGCUGCGAGAAGCUGUACUUUGGCUUGGAUGAGUACAGCAAGUCUCUGCAGUGGGGGAUCACCAGCCCACUCCUGAGAUGCGAUGAGACCUUUGAGAAGAUGGUGAGCACCCUCUUGGAGAGGUACCCCCGGCUGCAUAGCAUGGUCGUGCGCUGCUAUCUACUCAUCCAGCAGUACUCGGAGGCCUUGAUGGCUCUCACCACUAUGGCGUCCCUCCGAGACCACAGCACACCAGAAACGCUCAGCAUUAUGGACGACCUUAUCACCUCCCCAGGAAAAAACAAAAGCGGGAAGGGACACAUGCUCGUCAUCAGAGUGCCUUCUGUGCAGCUGGCGAUGCUGGCCAAGGAGCGGCUGCAGGAAGUGCGAGACAAGCUGGGUCUGCAGUAUCGCUUUGAGAUCAUCCUGGGGAGCCCCGCCUCCGAACUCACUGUUGAAACUCACUUUGUAACCCGACUAAAGACCUGGAGAGGAAAUGACCAGGACGAGUGGAUCCCUCGGACAUAUCAAGACUUGGAAGGUCUGCCCUGCAUAGUGAUAUUGACUGGCAAGGACCCUCUUGGAGAAACUUUCCCCAGGUCCUUAAAGUACUGUGACCUGCGAUUAAUCGACUCAAGCUAUUUAACUCGAACGGCCUUGGAGCAGGAGGUGGGCCUGGCAUGCUGCUAUGUCUCCAAAGAGGUCAUCCGGGGGCCUGCUGCUGCCCUGGACCUCAGUGCAAAGGAGGCUGAGAGGGUCCCCGCCAGUGAGAAUGAUUCUGAGGAGCUGCUCAUCGAUUUGGAAAGGCCACAGAGCAACAGUAGCGCUGUCACAGGAACCUCAGGUUCCAUCAUGGAGAAUGGGGUGAGUUCUUCUAGCACGGCUGGCAAACCCCAGCAGCAGCUUCUGACCCCCACCAGCAGCAUUCGGCUGGAUGAAGGGGUCUCUGCCAGCACCGCUGUGGUCGGGGAGAUCCUGAAGCAGGAGUGUGACUCCUUGGACCCUCCGAUGGCCAGUAGCACCACCUCCAAGCCUUCUUCAUCCUCAUCCUCGAGUGCCCAGGCUCUUGCGUGGUCAAGGCAGCCCCGGGGCCUGCACACAGCCCUGCCCCCCGUGAUCAUCUUAUCCAAAGCCGCAUACAGCCUGCUGGGAUCCCAGAAGGGCGGCAGGCUGCCAUCCUCCUCGUCCUUGCUGCCCCAUGCUGAUGUGGCCUGGGUGAGCUCCCUGCGACCAGGCCUGCACAAAGACAUGAGCAGCGAGGAGCAGUCCCUUUAUUACCGCCAGUGGACCUCAGCCCGGCAGCACCACGCUGACUACAGCAACCAGCCAGACCCCAUCUCAGGCGCCCGAACCUUGCACCCGAGGCGGCUGCUGCUCACUGGACCCCCCCAGGUGGGGAAGACCGGCUCCUAUCUACAGUUCCUUAGGAUCCUGUUCCGAAUGCUCAUCCGGCUGCUGGAGGUAGACGUGUACAAUGAGGAAGAGAUAAACACAGAUCACAGCGAUGACAGCGAACUGAGCCAGUCAGAGGGAGAGCCCUGGCCUGACAUCGAGACCUUCAGCAAAAUGCCUUUCGACGUCAGUGUACACGACCCCAAGUACCGUCUGAUGAGCCUGGUCUACAGUGAGAAGCUGGCUGGCAUCAAGCAAGAAGUAAUAAAGGAAUACAAAGUGGAGGAGCCCCGGCAACGAGAAACCAUGUCUAUGAUGCUAACCCAGUAUGCAGCCUAUAAUACCUUUCACCACUGUGAACAGUGCCAGCAGUACAUGGCCUUCACCCCUGCCUCCCAGAUGUCCGAUUCCACCCUUCACGCAUUCACGUUCUCUUCUUCUAUGCUGGGAGAAGAAGUCCAGCUCUAUUUCAUCAUCCCCAAGUCCAAAGAGAGUCAUUUUGUCUUCAGCAAGCAGGGCAGACAUCUGGAAAGCAUGCGGCUGCCCCUGGUUUCUGACAAGAAUCUAAAUGCAGUCAAGAGUCCUAUUUUCACUCCUUCCAGUGGUCGCCAUGAACAUGGGCUCCUAAACCUUUUCCACGCCAUGGAGGGCAUCAGCCACCUUCACCUCCUGGUAGUCAAAGAAUAUGAGAUGCCACUAUACCGAAAAUACUGGCCCAACCACAUCAUGCUGGUGCUUCCUGGCAUGUUUAAUAAUGCAGGCGUGGGUGCUGCUAGGUUCCUCAUUAAGGAGCUGUCAUAUCACAACCUAGAGCUGGAAAGGAAUCGCCUGGAGGAACUGGGAGUCAAGCGGCAGUGUGUCUGGCCUUUCAUCGUUGUGAUGGAUGACUCCUGUGUCCUGUGGAACAUUCACAGUGUUCAGGAGCAAACCAGCCAGCCUACAGAAGCAGGAAUUUCCAGUAAGAAUGUGUCCCUGAAGAGCGUCUUGCAGCAUAUUGAAGCCACACCAAAAAUUAUCCACUACGCAAUCCUGGGCAUACAGAAAUGGAACAGCAAGCUGACUUCACAGAGCCUAAAGGCCCCGUUCUCAAGAUGUCAUGUGCAUGAUUUCAUUCUCCUCAAUAUAGACCUAACUCAGAAUGUACAGUAUGACUUCAACAGGUAUUUCUGUGAAGACGUUGACUUUAACCUGAGAACAAACAGCAGUGGCCUCCUCAUCUGCCGCUUUAAUAACUUCAGUCUCAUGAAGAAGCACGUUCAGGUUGGAGGGCAAAGGGACUUCAUCAUUAAACCAAAGCUCAUGGUUUCAGAGAACGUAGUCCCCAUCCUGCCCCUUCAGUACGUCUGCGCCCCUGACAGUGAACACACACUCCUGGCAGCCCCUGCACAGUUCCUCCUGGAGAAGUUCCUUCAACAUGCCUCAUAUAAACUCUUCCCUAAAGCCAUCCAUAACUUCAAGAGUCCUGUGCUGGCCAUUGACUGCUACCUUAACAUUGGACAGGAGGUAGCCAUAUGCUAUGUCAGCUCCAGACCACACUCCAGCAACGUCAAUUGUGAAGGGGUGUUCUUCAGUGGACUCCUCCUGUACCUCUGCGACUCUUUUGUAGGUGCUGAUCUUCUCAAGAAAUUCAAGUUUCUAAAAGGUGCUACCCUGUGUGUCAUCUGCCAAGACAGAAGCUCCUUACGUCAAACAAUUGUCCGCUUAGAGUUAGAGGAUGAGUGGCAGUUCCGCCUCCGGGAUGAGUUUCAAACUGCUAACAGCAGUGAUGACAAGCCUCUCUACUUUCUUACUGGACGCCAUGUUUGAGUUUUUGAAGAGACCAAAAACAACAAACAUACCCCUAAGGGGGUGGGACAAACAAUUAUUGGGGAUUUUUUUCCUUUAAAGUACAAUCACUGUGGAGCAAAGUGCAACAUAUUUAUCUCUUCUCCAAAGAACUCCCCAAAUGUGACCAAGGUCUUUGGGGGCACUGUCCUCCUUCAGUUCUGCUGACAGGACCCAGGUUCAGGUCAAUGCUACAGUGGGCAGUUAUGCAGUUACUUAGGGUGUGCUCUGCCUGUGGGAGCCCGAGGAUGUAUUCUGGAGAACAAAUGUGAAGUCCACAUUGUUUUUUCUACCAUACUAUGUUGGGGGACAGGGGACUGUCAGCAUUAACCAGCCUGAAUGUGUUACAUGAGAUACACCACUGGUGUGGAAUGACUUGAAGAUUAACAUUUGAGGCCUGAACCCUCAGUUUCUCUUCAGAUCUGUACUUUGGUACAGUAUUACUCAGGGGUCUGAAAUGAUAGAAUGUAGAAGAUAUUUGUAUUUAAAAAGAAGUAGCUUGUCUUUUUCUGUGCAGUGUUAGUUUAAAUUUUAUAAUCUUAUAUGUAUUGAAACCUUUGGCAAAAUUUCCACAGGAGUUAAAAGUUUACUAUUUAAACUGAACAACAACAACAACAACAAAAAAGUCAGUAACUGCAGAGCAGACAUUGUGUGCAUUUAUGAAGGUUCUCUGAGCUGAACUCCUUUGUCUUUCCCACUUGCAGUCUUUAAGCAUACAGUGAUGCACUCUGCAGUUAUGCCAUACCACUGUGUUGGUUAAAAGUGAGCACCUGGAAACCCACAUAUCACGCUGAGAUUCUAGUGUGGAGUCUUAACUAUCUGGUUUCAUCAGCUCAGGCUUAGCAUCCUUCAACAACUCAGUGAGUAACUGCUGUGCUGCACUGACACAUAAAAAUGAGUGGGGCAGAAAACAGACCAUAGACAAGUUUUCCUUAUAAUUUUAUCAGUGACAAUUUCCCCAAGUAAAGAAAAUUCCAUGAAGAGUCUUUUAGACUCAUUGAUGUGGACUCAUUAAAGUUAGCAGGUAGUGUAUGACUAAUACCAACAGUAGGAGGAAUAAGUUUCUAUGUAUUUCUAACCAAAUAUUUUAAUCAGAAACAUUUUGAGAAAAUAUUCUACAAUAACCUAUUGGAAGUUUACACUGAAAUUGCUCUGGUUUGUGGAUUUUUCUCAGCCCAUGUGUAUGAUUUUUAUCUCCAGUUAAAACAGUCACUUUUACUUGAAUCUGUCUUAGGACCUGAGACUACUAAGAGCCCUAAUGAGCCUGCAUUGCUGGGAGUGUUAGGUGAUGGAUCUGGUUAUCCAGGGAUAACAAGAACUUUACAGCUAGUCAGAGGAUGGGAUGUAUUAGAAGGAAAUGCUCUGCAGAUCUCUUGGUUUAACAUAGCUACAUAUGAUGUUUUAAAUGUAUUUUAAAAGGAUAAUUCCUUUUAACCCCAUUUUUAAUUGACCUUCAAAGAGGACCUUGCCUUAUUAAAAAUGCUUACUCCUUAGCUUUAGAACAGCAGCAUUUCAGCAAAGAGGUACUUUCCAGGGAAGUCUGAGUUAGAUAGGAAUUAGAUACGUGUUCUUCCUUUGCUGAACAGAACCAAUGCAGGUAAUACCAAGAAAGCCACUGUUUGUGCAAUAUUCCAUUAACACUAUGUAAGAUGAAUACUUGAAAUAAUUCCACAACAAUUUUAUGAGGGGCAGAGGCCUCUUAGGAGUGCUUACUGGUUUAUUCUUUUUGAACUAAGAUACUUUAAUGCAAGUACUCCAGGUUAGGGCUACAAUCUAGAAAUUCAAGUGAUCAUGAACUGUAAAUACUAUUCAACUCUGUUCAAGAGAAAUGCCAGAAUAAAACCAAAAGGCCAUCACUCCAAUAGUUGAGAAAGCUCAAUUUACCUGCCUCUUUGUCUCCAAAGCCUAACUUCAUUAAGGCUUGGAUCUUUUAAAAUGACCUAAAUCAGUAUAAUUCUUUAGAGAAUGCUAGGUCCUCUUUAAGGAUGAAAUUGCACAAGCCCAGGCCACCAUGACUUGUUAAUUCAUGUCUUGGUGUGUUUGAUUUUACCUUCCAUCCCUGAGGACACUAAGGUAGGACAAAUAGAUUCACUAAGACAUUGAGGUAGGGCAAACCUGGUAACUUACCUGCAGACCUGUUGAACCUUGGCAUGUGUGACAGUUCACACAGGUUAAUAUUGAAUGUAAACUAAACUUAGAAAUGCUGUAGUCGAGUUUUGGCUGUAAUUCAUGCAACUGCUUCUUAUGAUUGUUAGAAAGGGGCAUCUGUGUUACUGUUACUGUAAAACUUUCUUCACCAAAACUUGGUGAAUUUCACUCACUAGUCAGUCUACCUCACAUUUUGUUUAUGACUCUAAGCUGUCUUAACUUAUGUCUACAGUAUGUUCUUGUUCUUUCAUUUGGUGAAUGUAUUAAAAUUCCCUCCCAUUCCUCAGCUUUGAAAA